AUGACAGCCACCAGAAGCGAACGCUGGUACCCACUGCACCAGCUACCAGAAGCCUCAAGCGACGUCUCGGACCCUGAGGAAUUUCGGGUGAAUGUCGGCCAAGAGGUCGCUUAUCCUCCACGGUGGCUCUCCGGGGCCCUGGGAAAGAAGAGGGGGCGCCUCCCCAGAGGCCCCCAUGGUGGGAGCAGCCGCCCGGGCGAGACUCUGAGAUGGCUUUUGUCUGGUGAUAACAAAAAGAGAAUAUUCUCGCUGGGGCCUCCAAAUGUUGUAUUUGACCGGAGCAUAGAAUGUUACCACAAGACAAAAGUAUGCCAGAUUGCAGGGUCAUUUAUUAUGCCGGCGACCACAGAGGACUCACGUCUCUCCAACCUGUGGUGCAAAAGGAGGGUGCCACGAUUUUUUUUAUACCCGAAAAACCACCUUGGGAGUGGGGGGCGUUGGGACCUGUUGCCUAGACAGACUGCGCUGCAGUUUCAGACCGGAGGGAUCCUGGCGGCUGCUCGCCUGCCCAACUCUCUCGACGCCCUUGUUUCCACAGGGAUGUCAGCCUCAGCGUCUACCUCCUCACAACUGCCCAUCAAGGGUAUCCUGAAAAACAAAAGCUCGUCGGGUUCCUCGGUGGCGUCUGCCGGUCAGCAGUCUGGAGGGAAUAUUCAAGAUGCAAAGAGGAAGAAAUCCCAGAGGUGGGACGAAUCAAGCAUCCUUGAGACAUACCGCGCAACCUACAAAGAUUACGGUUUAAUGAAGGAAGAUGAGCCUAGCACUUCCUGCAUGAGUGCGCAAGACCAUAAGGAAGAUUCAGGGUAUGAUGUUGAAGGAGAGGAAGCUGUGACCCUCGACGCGCUACUUAGAAAACUAGCCGCCACUGAUACUUCAGACCAGAGCUGUGAAGUGGAGGAGCCAGAGAGCACUGACGCAUACGUGAAAAAAAUUCUCCUCCACAAGCAGGAGAAACAACGGCAGUUUGAAGUGAAAAGAAAGCUUCACUGCACUGAAGAAUUGAACAUCAAAUUAGCUAGACAGUUAAUGUCGAAAGACUUGCAAAGCGAAGAUGAUGACGGUGAAGAAAGGCUGCAAGCCACUGCCGAAGAGAAAACUGCUGCAGAAAAAUCACAGGAAGCUCCUCUAAGCGACGAAUAGCAAGUCCAGUCAUGCGACGCAUGGAAGAUAUCUGCUUCACCCUUGCAAUUGUUUGUGAAAUACAAAACUUGUUAA